AUGCCUGGCAUUCUGCCUAUGAAGGUUAUCAAAGUCGGCACCAGCGCCCAGAGCCGCAUUGCACAGGCUUGCGAUCGCUGCCGCAGUAAAAAGAUUCGCUGUGACGGCGUCCGCCCUACUUGCUCGCAAUGUGCUAACGUCGGCUUUGAAUGUCGCACUAGCGACAAAUUGUCACGGCGCGCUUUCCCUCGAGGCUAUACGGAAUCUCUCGAGGAGCGCGUGCGUGCCUUGGAAACCGAAGUUCGCGAGCUGAAGGAUUUACUGGACGAGAAGGACGAAAAGAUUGACAUGUUAUCCGCCAUGCACAAGGGCCGCCGUCUUUCUACGUCUGGGGCGUCAUCGGCCCUCCAUGACACGAGCACAAACAGCGAUGGCUCAAAAGAUACAAUUUCUGACAAGGAGGACACAUUCCGCGUUCAAGCGUCACCGUUACUACUCGGCGUGGAGAACUCCGAUGCCUACUUUAUGGGCGCAUCCAGCGGCCGCACCUUCAUUACGGCCCUGAAGCGUAAGCUGCAAGAGAGUGGGAAGCCUUGUAGCGAAUUCAAUCCCGAGGCUUUCCUGCAUGUGCAAGGCUGCCCACCACUCACGCCCAACCCACCCGAGGCUGCUCUCAGAGUGCCACCUCGUCUUUUUACCGACAGAUGCGUCAAUGUAUACUUUCAAGAAUGGGCGGCCUUGUUCCCCGCUCUUCACAAGCCUACAUUUUUGCGCAUCUAUGAGGAGUUUGUCGCCGACCCCGAAAAGGUCAAGUGCAAUUACAAGAUUGCCCAGCUGUACCUCGUUUUCAGCCUCGCUGGGCUUUCUUCUUCGGCUCCUGACCUGGAUCAGCUGGCAGCAUGUGAGCGACAAUGGGCCGGCGCCCUUGAGGCGAUUCUAUUGGAGAAUACCAUGAGUGCUCUUCAGUGCCUCGUACUCGCACUGCUCUACUGCUCCCUUACUGCCGACUAUAGACGCCUGCAACAUUACAAGUCUAUCGCGGUCGGCUUAGCCUAUCGCCUUGGCCUCCACCAGAGCCAAAAGCGAUUUUCUUUCGGUGCGCUGACACUUGAAACAAGAAAGAAGGUCUUCUGGACACUAUAUACUGUGGAUUGCUUCUCCGCCGCUACCUUGGGGCUUCCCAAACUGCUGCGUGAAGAUGACUUGCAGGUGGAAUAUCCCUCUGACACGGACGAUGAAUACGUAACGGAAAAGGGUUUUCAGCCUACUCUUCCGGGCGAGCAUACGCGUCUGUCCAGUGCACUGGCCCUGUUCCGCGCAACCCGCAUCCUGGCCAAGGUUCUCGAGAAAAACUAUCCGUCUGCCACCACCUAUGAUCUCUCACUGCAACAAAUGAAUACACUGGAGAACGAACUGGAUAGUUGGUAUGACGCGCUACCGGCGCACCUGAAACUCAGGUUUGCCCAAGACAAACCAUCCACAGAUGUCACUGGAAGCCGAUCUCCUCUUUUGGCCCUCGCAUACUACUUUAUCCGCACCCUCAUCUACCGGCCUGCUAUCGGUUCCGGUCUAGGCAACAAGUCAGCCUCGGCACUUAUGUCCAUUGCGGAAUCUGGCAAGCAUAUCAUUCAGAUCUCCGAGCUUCUUGAAGAACGCAGUCUUUCGUUCUCUUUCUGCCUCAAUAAGGGCGACGUGCUUACUAUCAGCGCCUUGACUUUACUAUUCCAGGUUGUGGAUCUCAAAACGGAGAGUAAGGUGGCCCGGGACAACCAGCGACUGGUUAACUCUGUGAUUAGCACCGUUGAGCGUCUGCGGUCACCCGGCUGUGUUGAUCUGCGAAGAAUCGCCAGCACGCUCGUAACGGUAGAGGGAUCAUCAUUGCCAUCGCCAGCUUCGUCUUCCAGUCCGCGCCGCAGCUCAACUUCCAAGUCACCUGUAGCGGAGCAGCCAAGGAGGCGAGUGAGUGGAAAUGAGAAGAAACAAAGGCACCAACUCCAACCGCAGCACGUGAGCACUCAAGACAAGUCGAGGCGGAUGACGAUGCCGGCAUUAAUUUCGCCCGACUCUGAAUUGGAAAUGGCGCGCAGCCGUGGGUCAUUUGAGAGUGUGCAGUCCGAAGAUUUUGCUCGGCCAGAAAGCUACCUGUGCAUGUCGCAGAUGCCGACCGCGAGCCAGCACGCAAACCCUCUCCUAGCGACGCGACCGAAUCUCGACUACCUCUCUCUCAACACGACACCCAAUGGAUCUCGAUCGCACUCACCGGGCUCCAAGCAGCAGCUGCCACUUGACCGCCAGGCCCAAGUUCAUCUGGCAAACAUGAUGAGCAACACUCAGUUUUCGAACAAAGUUGCGGGCGUCAGUAACAAUGAGUGGGAGGCUCUGCUGGGUUCGAUGGAAGGCGGCAUGGAUAACGUAUACAAUGCGAUUUAUGGAGGCGCAACGCUGGUGAACGAACCUGCGCUUGCAAGCAAGACGAGCGACUGGUCGCCCGACUCGUGGGACCUCAGCAGCUUCAGCCUUGGCGAUUUUACCGCCUCGGAUGCGCCACAGAGCGUGCUGAGCAUGAGUGAUGAGAGCUUGAGCUCCGGCGAGGAAGUGUCGCCACCUGCCAUGGGCCAGAUGGGAGGGAGCUAUCAAAAGCAGAUGCAAGCUGCUGGCGGCGAAUCAUUCAAUAUGGACACGCUUGAUGGCUACCUGAUUUGA